AUGAAGCGCACAAACAAAAAUGACAAAUUAAAGCAUAAUAAGGGUGGUCAGGUUAAGAAGUUAAGAAAGGAGCCAGACUAUAAGUCUCUUCAGAGAGCGAAAGAUGCUUUAGCGAAGUCUGCAAUGAACAGAAAGAAAGAAAUCGCCAAGCACAAUGCAGAAGAACGUUACGCAGAAGUUUCUCAAGGCUUAAAUGCUCCAGAAGCUCCUAUUAUUGAACAAAGUGCCGCUCAUGAAGCUUAUAGAACCACAUAUUUCGCUCAAUUCAAGAAAGUUGUCGAUGGUGCUGAUGUCUUACUUGAAGUUCUUGAUGCUCGUGAUCCAAUUGGCUGCAGAUCAAAGAAACUCGAAGAUUAUAUUUUAAAGAGAGGCAAACGCAUUGUUUUGAUCUUAAACAAGGCGGAUCUUGUUCCACUUGAAAUUUUAAACAAGUGGUUAGUGUUUUUACGUCGUGAAUUCCCAACAAUUCCAUUCAAAUCAUCAUCUCAGCCGAAUAAAUCAGUAGAAGUCCCACUGCACGAUGGCAAAUACAAAGGUACCGAUGUUUUCGGUAUCAAAGAGCUCAUUAAGCUCCUUAACCAACUUGCAAUGGGUUCAUCCAUUGUUGCUGGCGUUUUCGGACCACCAAACGUUGGCAAAUCCUCUGUUAUCAACAGUAUCUCACGUCGUGCUGCUACAGGUGUUGCUUCUACCCCUGGUUUUACAAAAGUUAUGCAAGAAGUCGAAGUUACAGCCAGAAUCAGGAUUCUCGACUGCCCCGGUGUUGUUCCUUCCAGCGGUGCAGAGAUUACUCCGUCCAUGGUUCUUCGUAACUCCAUCAAAAUUGAAUUAUUGGAUGAUCCAGUGGCUCCUGUUUCAUAUAUCCUCGACAAAGUACCAAAAGAGCAAUUAGUUGAAGAAUACGGUAUCGAAUCCUACGGAACUGCCGAAGAUUUCCUUUCCCAAUUAGCCGUCAAACGCGGAAAAAUACAAAAAGGCGGAGAACCGGACAUAAACGGCACCGCGAGGACAAUUUUAGACGACUGGAACCACGGCAGGAUCAAGUACUACACUGUUCCUCCUGAAGUUGACGACACACACGUUUCUAAGAUAGAAUUGGUCGACCAAGACGGAACAAGCUACAACAUGGGCAAAGUUAUUAACUACACAGAGGAAGAUUUCAAGAAUUUCCAGAUACAACACGUGUUCCAGGUCAUUCCGAAGAAGGAGGCUGAAGCAGAGAAAGAAGAAAAUAGUGAAGAUGAAGACGAGGAGAAGCCUGAGGAAACAAAAAGAAAAAUGGCUGCUCCAAAAGUUGCUUUGUCUUCUGCUCAGAAAGAGGAAAUGGAUAGCCUCGCUCAGGAAUUCACUGGUUUGUCUUUCGAAGGUUUAUAA